GAGUUGGUGUAAAAAGGUUGACGCCUGAGCAAUCCAAGCUCCAUUAGAUGAGUUUACUGAAAAGCCAGGGGUUAAAGAGGUACGUAUGAGAAUGAAGGGAGGGCGGUGAACGCCAUGGUGUGAGUAAGAGACGCCUGUGAAUUCCCCUCUUCUCAGCUCUUUCGUUCCCUUCUCCUCAUCCUUCCCCUCCUCUCUGUGCGGCUGCUACCCCUCCUCAUCCUGCUCACUCCCCUCCUUCCUUUUUUUUUUUGCAGCCAGCCACAGACACUUGCGUUUUGUAUGAAGGGGGUUAACCCAAUGAACAAUCCUGUGUGUCUUUCCCAAAAUAAGCCAGUAGCAGGAGGAUCGUUGUGUAAGCCAGGGAGAUUGGAGCAGCGAGGUGCACAGCCCCCGGUUAUAAGCCUUGGGAGAAGGAGCUCAUGCUGCUGGGACCCACAGCUUUCAGCUCCAAAUGCAUUGCUUUGCUCCCUGACUGACUGACUGACUGACUGACUGACUGACUGACAGACGGAGUUUCCCUCCACUCUUCCUCACUCCUGCCUCCUUCCCUCCUACUUUCCACCCUGGAGAGCGAGAGUCUACAGAUUCCUGGGAAGGUGUUCCUCAGACCUGUGCCUGGACCGCCUGAAGACAGCACAUUUUUUUCCCACUUCACUGACUUUCAUCCUCACAUUCAACCAUCCUCUCAAAUUCACAUGGAUGGACUUUUUUGAAGUUUUUGCUGCAAGAAAACAAAAAAAAACAAGGUUUUGACCAGAGACUUUACUCUACCUUCACCUGAGAAUAACAUUUUUCUCCAUUUUUUUUCUCGCAGUUUUUUAACGCCCGUGAGAAGAACUGGAUCAGUUCGGGGUUACGGCUGAGAAGAAUAGGUUUCCGCAUUUUUGCCUGCAUGUUUUCUGUAUAUUUAAUGCCAUUACAUUCCAUGGGAGCACUGCGUGGCUGAAGCAAAGAAGGAGGUAGAAGAUAGACACAUCUGACACGCUAACACGCAGCUGCCUCUACCUGUUGUACCUCCAACCUGCCUUUUAGUGCCUUCGAGACAAGACAGCUGAUUUCUGCGAGAGAGGCCUGGAAUGCUGGUGACCAUGAUGCUAGCUUCAGUCUGUUUUUUACUGACAUUUGGGGCACGUGCCCUUGCUGGAGGCUACCCCCCCAUGCCCCACAUGAAGUACAUGCAACCCAUGAUGAAAGGACCCAUUGGACCUCCAUUUCGAGAGGGCAAGGGGCAUUAUGUUGAUAUGCCACCGAUGAUGGAAGUUAAAGGAGAACCAGGCCCCCAGGGAAAACCUGGACCAAGAGGACCCCCUGGCCCACCUGGACUACCUGGAAAACCUGGACUAGGAAAGCAAGGACUCAAUGGUCAGCCAGGCCCUCAAGGCCCUCCAGGCUUACCAGGAAUUGGUAAGCCUGGACUUCCAGGUCUUCCGGGAAAGAUUGGACCAAGGGGGAUCCCAGGACUUAAUGGUGAAGUUGGACCUCAUGGUGAACCAGGUCCUCGUGGACCUCCUGGGCAGCCUGGCCUUCCUGGUCCAGUUGGUCUGUCUCUAAAUGGGAAACCUGGACUUCCAGGUAUCAGAGGUCCCCCUGGUGCCCGUGGUGAGCCAGGAAUCAGUGGUGUUCCUGGCCCACCAGGUGAGCGUGGACUUAAGGGUGAGAAUGGAAAUGGAAAGCCAGGACUCCCUGGUAUAAUUGGCCCUCCAGGACUGAAAGGAAUAAGAGGACCGCCUGGUCCUCCAGGUCUUGGCAAACCAGGACCAAACGGUGUACCUGGACUGCCUGGUCCUAAAGGUGAUAAUGGACUUCCGGGAGAUCAAGGAAAGCCGGGAGAGCCUGGGGCACCAGGUCUUCAAGGUCUCCCUGGUCCAGUUGGGUUAGGGAAGCCUGGUCUAGAUGGACUUCCAGGAGUAACAGGUCCACUUGGUGCAAAAGGGGAACCGGGGCCUCGGGGCAGCCCAGGAGCUCCUGGGACACCUGGAUAUGGAAAACCUGGAGUGACAGGGCCAAAGGGAGAAAAGGGUCAUGGUGGAUUUCCUGGUCUCAAAGGGGACAGAGGAGAGCAAGGAAUGGUAGGCCCAACUGGGGGCCCGGGUAUUGAUGGACUACCAGGACCACCGGGACUUCAAGGUCCAAUGGGGCUACCAGGAAAACAUGGACUGUCAGGACAAAAGGGAGAACUAGGUCCCCAAGGUCCUCCAGGACUGCCUGGGUUUAGAGGUGAUCAAGGAUCAAUGGGACCCCCAGGGAAGCCAGGUAUCCCUGGGGAAAAAGGGUUCCCUGGACCAAGCGGUUCAAUUGGAAAACCUGGACCCAAAGGUGAUGCAGGGAAUGUUGGCCUACCUGGAAAUCCGGGAAUGUCUGGUGCUCAAGGACCAAAAGGAGAGCCUGGGUUUAUAGGGACUCCAGGUCCCAGAGGUCAGUCUGGUAUUCCUGGUCUUCAAGGACCUAUGGGUCCAAUGGGCCCUCAGGGUGUACCAGGUUUAAGGGGUGAACCUGGACUUCCAGGACCUCCAGGACUGGGCAAGUUGGGAGAGAAGGGUGCAAUAGGUCCUCAGGGUCCUCCAGGGAAACCAGGCCCAACUGGACUAAAUGGUAACCCUGGCCCGCCUGGUCCUCCAGGACCACCUGGUCCACCAGGAAAUGGCCAAACAGUUGUGGCAGGACCUACAGGUACAGGGUUGGGUGGGGAAGAAGUACCAGGUGACAGAAAAGUGCCUGCCUUCAUUCAAGUUCCACUUUCUUCAUCUGUGGCACCGGCCUUCACAGCCAUUCUCACCACACCAUUCCCUCCUUCUAGCAUGCCGAUCAAGUUUGAUAGGAUCCUAUACAAUGGGCAAAAUGCCUACAGUCCCUCCACUGGCAUCUUUACUGCCCCCCUAUCUGGUGUCUACUACUUUGCAUACCAUAUGCAUGUAAAGGGAACUAGCUUGUGGGUGGCUUUGUACAAGAACAAUGUACCAGCCACCUAUACCUAUGAUGAAUACAAGAAAGGCUACAUGGACCAAGCAUCUGGUAGUGCUGUGUUAGAGCUGAAGGAGGGUGACCAGGUAUGGGUUCAGAUGCCCUCAGAUCAGGCAAAUGGCCUUUACUCAACAGAGUACAUCCACUCCUCCUUCUCAGGAUUUUUACUGUGCCCUACAUAACCCAGCCCCUUUAUUCAGACAUACUUCUGUAGUGGCAACUCAGAUCAGGCCUAAACUUAAGAUAGCUGUACCAACACAAAACACCAAACGAUCUCAAUCUCAGUAAUAUUACCUUCACCCCAUACUGUUUUGCCGCUUAGCAACGACAGGAGCAAAACAAAAACCUUUGUGAAUGAAAAAUGGAAAUUGGGAAAGGCAGGGGAAAGAUUUUCUCUAUUUCAGUGUCCUAAAAUGUUUGUUGUGAGUUUUAUUUUAUUCUGGUGUGUUUGUUUUUUUGUUAACCUUUAUUAUUUUAAUUAUACCAUUGUUAUAAUAUUGUUGUGAUUAUGUGAAACGUGUCAUCCUCAUUGUUGUCUUUUGGAUUGAGAAAGUUCAGUGCCUUAGUUUUUAAUGUGCUAGGAACAGGCCUUCCCAUGUGACUGCACACCGUGCCCCCAUAAUCUGAUAUUCAGACCAACCCCAGCUGAAUGAUUGCAACCAAUUCAAUUUUAUACACAAGAUAAGGAUUAAAUCAUCAGUUGAAGCAUAAAUGUAAAAGGUAACUAUUCCUAAAACUAAAUCCACAUAAAUAAAGAAAAUAUAAAAACUGGAAAAUUUGUAUUAACUACAACCAUGUUUCCCUUCUCAGUCCUCAAAGUUGCAAUAUGUGUUCGACUGAUUUUUUUUUUUUAGAAUAGAUGUUGACAGUUAGUUGGCGUAUGCAUGUUUGCUGCAUUUUUUUUGUCUUUUUUUGCAUUCAGAAGUGGACCUUUUGACUUUUUAAAUUUUGCUUUAAUCUUUUUUUUUCAUUCUUGAAUAUGCAAAACUACAACAUUGCAGAGCUCAAUAUGUUAAAAUGAAGAGAUCUGGAUUGCAUCAGAAAUUAAUGAAAAUUCACAAAUUCACCUUUCACCUUUUAGGACAUAUUAAACUAACACACAUGCAUGGAGUCAAUGUUUACAAGGAACAAAAUGUGUUUUGAAGACAACUGCAGAUGAACAAUAAAGAUAAGCGUCCUGUUGAAUCAACCGUCCAUUUUCCAUGAGUUAAUGUGCUUUACACAGGAUCCAAAGCUACGUUCACACCGGGCAUGUGACACAUGGUCAAGAAUGCACUGAACAUGGGUUCUUGAUGGCGCAUACGAUGUUCACAAUGGUCUGUUACUACCCAAUACUAGUGCAGGGGCUUUGUGCAAAAUGUCAAAGUAGUGCAAAUUUCAUGAAUUUUGCUUCAGGCUUUUUCUCUCACAGCUCUAUUCUGAUAUAUGAAAGACUUGGUGUCAUAUAAUUCUGGCCGGAUACAAACCGCAAUUAUUCUUUUCUCUUCAAUCAUCAAUUUUAAAACGGUUAACACUUCUGUGAAUUAAAAAAGACGCUACUGAUAUAUUUCUACCAAAGCUGAGUCCUGGAUUGGUCAGACUUGGUUUAACUUUCAACAUGCAUUCAAUGGCUGUAUAUUUUGUAGGUAGAGCCCAAAAACGGACUUAAAAAAAAUAACGAUCCACUUAGGACGUGAGAGUUUGGAAGCCUUAAAAAUGCAAAUGCGUGAUUAGACAGACUUUUCAUUGGAAGUGGCUGCCUGCACGCGUAUUUCCAAGCCCGGUGCGAACGUAGCAUUACAUGCAGCGCUUAACCUGCAAAUAAACUGUUAUCAUGUCACGGUCUGAAGCAUCAAUGUUAGAGCAAAUAACUGUUCUAGCGGCAAAGAACAAGAUCUGUGAAGAUAUUAAAUACUUGACUCCACAUUGCAAAUAGGACAGCCAUUGCAGAACAAAUGACACGUGCAUUUUUUUCUCCAGCACAAUCCUCGCUUAGCAAACCUUUAGGAGUUCAGAAAGAACGGACUUUCGGCUCCUGUUCCAUUUAACUGUGUCAGAAACAGCCGAAUAAAUUGCUUAACCCAAUGGAACAGCCACGACUACAGAAACAGGACGUGUGCAUAUCCGGAAGUGGAAGUUAAUUUGCAUUCAUUAAUAAGUGAAGGGACUGGCUAAGCCCUGCACGUUGUGAAAUACAGGUUGUGUAACAUUUAACAUACUCUGGCAGAUUUCUGCUGGGGCAGAAGUAAGAGGGGUUUGUUUACUCCUGCCUGGUGGAUAAGACUUUGUGUGUGUUCAUGCUUUUAUGUUUUAGUGGGUGGACCUUCUUUUUGUCUUUUCCCGCCAACCAUGUCAAUAUGUAUGUGUACCUGUGGGCGUUUGCCUGUCUUCAUGCCUUUCUUUAAGCCGUCAAGUCAGGAAUGUUUCAACAAAAGUUAAUAAUAAACUUGAAACAACAACAAAAGAUUAGAAUGCGGUUAAGGAUUCACAAAAGACUACCUAAUUCAGACAGAAUACGGUGCUUUUCCAAAAAAUCUUCCCCUCUCUGAGCUUGGACGAAUCUCUUCUUUCACUUGCUACACUGAAUUACAACUACCUUUCUUGCUAUUGAAAGAUUGUCAUUGUACAAGAGGACAGUGCCAAAUAUGAAGCGUUGCAAUUAUACAGAAUGUAUGCUUUUUUUUAGUGGCCUAUUACUGUUUUUAUAAAUGAUCCUCAAUGCUGUAUCACAAAACACCUUCAAAUUGCUCCGACAAAGAUAGAGCUACAAGCAAGCCUUAUCAGUAUUGUACAUCUUUAUAAUGGUCUGACGCUUUUUUUUUUUUUAUAACACAAACACACCACAAUCCGGUAUCUUUUUGGUGAGUCGAUUAAUAGACUGUACUGUAUGUUACCCCCCCCCACACACACACACACACACUUUUAAGCAAAUGGGCUGGCAUUGUGAAUACCUGUAAUUUGGACACUCCUCUUUCCUUGUGUUAACAAAGACAAUGUCACUUGCUUGCUGACUUUGCCACGUCUGCAAAUCAUUAAACAAGUGUCAGUAAGAUCCAUGUACCCUUAUCCUACAUUACUACUUAAAACUGUUUCCUGUUUGUUUUUAUUAAAAAAAAAGAGAAAAAAAUUAACUUACAAAAAAAAUAA